UUCAGUUGGGAUUCAAUGUAUGAAUUGGAACUGCAUAAUUUUGAAGAUUGCGGAGAUGAAGGCGAGAUUUGGUUUGGCAAGGUUGCCGAGAAACGGUUGGUUUAUUUUUUCGUUGUCAUUUCGACUGGCAAUCAUGGAAACUUACAAAGUCGACACCUCCAGGAUAGUCGAGUUUGUCACGGCACACAUACUAAAAUCAGCUUCAAUCCUCGAUCUUGGGUGCGGGAAUGGUUCCGUUUUANUUUUUUUUGUACGGGAAUUGUUUUACAAAUUUUGUUCAGUUGGGAUUCAAUGUAUGAANCAGCUCCAAUCCUCGAUCUUGGAUGCGGGAAUGGUUCCGUUUUAAGGAAUCUGAGGAAAAAAGGUUACACUCAUCUUACCGGUGUAGACUAUUGCUCUGCCGCGAUCGAACUGGCGACACGUGUUUCGGAAAGCGAUCAAGAUUCUUCUGAAUGUUCCAUCAAUUUUGAGGUUUUGGACAUACUAUCUCCAGCUAGGAAAUGCUUUUCAAAUCAGUAUUCAGUUGUUCUGGAUAAAGGCACAUGGGACGCAAUGAGUCUUUCGAAUGAUCGAGAGUUUCGUCUGAGCGCAUACAGAACUGCUGUUAUUGAAGCUCUUUGUCGCUCUGGGAAAUUUGUGAUAUUGUCGUGCAACUUUACUAGGGACGAGUUGUGCAAAUUUUUUGACGAUGGCGCUUCUCUUGUGUUCCAUAGUGACAUUCCGUCUGCUCAUUCAAUCAGUUUCGGUGGUCGGCAAGGAGCUACUUUCACUGGUAUUGUUUUUGAGAAAAGGUGA